AGAGACAUUUAGCCAGAUCACAGAAGACAACCGAGAGGUCUGGAGUAAAAUAUUUCAAGUCUUUUCACCAGAACGUUUUUUUUCUGAACUGUUUCUCAGCCAAAACCAAACAUGCGACCUGUAGUGCUUUUGCUCAUCGGAGUUCAUCUUGCCUAUGCUGCAAAACACUCUCUGAAAUACUUCUACACUGGUGUGUCUGGAGACAUCGACUUCCCAGAGUUCACUAUUGUUGGUCUGGUUGAUGAAGGGCAGUUUAUGUAUUUUGACAGUAACAUAAAGAAAGUUGUGCCAAAGACAGAGUGGAUCAGACAGAAUGAGGGAGCAGAUUACUGGGACAGAGAGACUCAGACUGCAUCUGGCACACAUCCGUCCUUCAAAGGCAGCAUCCAGAACAUAAAAGAACGAUUUAACCAGUCAACAGGUGUUCAUACAUUCCAGGAGAUGUACGGCUGUGAGCUGGAUACUGAUGGCACCAAACGAGGAUACUGGCAGUAUGGCUAUGACGGAGAGGACUUCCUCAGCCUGGAUAAGAGCUCCCUCACCUGGACUGCUGCUAAAGAUCAAGCUAUGAUUACCAAGAACAAAUGGGAUGCUGACAAUGCUGAUAGACAAUACGUGAAGGCCUACCUGGAGAAUGAAUGCAUUGAGUGGCUGCAGAAGUAUGUUGGUUAUGGCAAGAGCACUCUGGAGAGAAAAGAUGCACCUAAGGUGUUCCUGCUGCAGAAGGACACAUCCUCUCCAGUUUUGUGUCAAGCUACAGGUUUCUACCCCAGCAACAUAAUGAUGACCUGGCAGAAAAAGGGUGAGGAGCAUCAUGAGGAUGUGGAGGUUGGUACAACACUGCCAAACCCCGAUGGAACCUUCCAGAAGACCAUCACCCUCUCAGUGGAGGAGUGGAAGAACAACAAAAAUGACUACAAAUGUGUGGUUCAGCAUGUGGGAGCAGCGAAGGAGAUUUUUGUCACUGUGGAUGAUAUACAGUCCAACCCAGGUUCUGACAAUACAAUUGUAAUCGCUGUGGGCUGUGUUGUGGGCUUUGUUGCUCUCCUAGCUGGCAUAGUUGGACUCAUUGUUUGGAGGAAGUCCAAUGGCUAUGGGAGGGCAAGCACCAAAGAUUCUGAUUCUGAAAAUUCAGAUCAAGCACUGGAAAAAGUAACUGGCAAAUAGAGAAUAGCAUGAAGAAGUUGGAGGAUGAGGAUUCUGAAUGUGGCAUGUCCUCAGCAUAAUUUUUUUUCCCCCAUCAAUUCAUUACAAAUGUUCUGGUUUUGGUUUAUUUCUGAUUGUUUCUAUGAAUCCUUGAAUCCUGUUAAAAUCACAACAGAACUUAAUAGUUAUUUAAAUAAUUUCUGGAGGAGCUGUUAUUUUCAGAAAGGGCUUAAUAACGUGUAAUUCACCAUAACAACUUUUUUCUUAACUUUCUAAAGUACAUGUUGUAGUACAUCAUAACAUCAUAAAGUGGUUCAAAUAUAUAAUGAAACUAAAUGUGAUUGUAAUAUUGUUUAGUGGGUGAAUCUGUCAGUGCUGCUGCAUAAAUCUGAAGCUUUAGCUAUGAAAACGCACCAAUCCACAGAUCUUUUCACACUCUGUUAGCUUUCCUUCCCUUAGAUAAAUGUAAUUG